UGCUUUUCGGCGUCAAAAACUCUCAGGUUUCUCUCUGGUGAAAAACUUCCAAAAUUUAUGAAAGAUGUCUAACACUCUUCUCGAUGAAUCCAAGAAGCCAUCAUAUUAUAGUUUUUCUGAGCUUCCUGAUGAAAUAAUAACAAUAAUAUUAAGAAACUUAGAUUUACAGUCAUUAUGUCGCAUGAGCAGAGUGAAUAAACGUUUCAAUAAUUUAGCACAGAACCAUCUGCUUUAUAUAAAUUUAAACUUAGAACCGUAUUGUUAUAUUGUUAAUACAAAGGCAUUGUAUUAUUUAACACCUAGAUGCAAAUAUUUGCGACAGUUGAAUCUUUCAUACUGUAGAGGUAUUUCUGUCCAGAGUUUUGAAUUUUUUCUUGUUUUUUAUGGUAGUCUCUUAACACACUUACAAUUGACUUGCUUACGUAUCGACAACAAUACCAUACUUAGAAUUUCGAGAGUAUGCAAAAAUUUGAAAGAAUUAGAUGUAGGUAAUUGUUACAUGAUAAAUGAUAAUGGAUUCUCAUAUCUCAAAAAUUUGAAGUUCCUGGAGUGUUUGAAUCUUUGCAAGACAUAUAUAAGUACUGAGACUCUUUGCAAGAUACUGCGAAGAAAUAUACGGAUGCGUCACUUAUAUAUAGCAGAAACCUACACUCAUCUGAAUGCAGAUGAAGUUAUAAUGGAAUUAAGAAAUUCCUGUCCAGAUUUGGAAAGUAUAGAUUUACAGAGAAUACACACUCUUACAUCGCAAGGUAUUAAUGCUCUUGCUGACUACAAAAAUCUACGAAAUGUGAAUUUGACUUGGUGUAAAAGGACAACUGAUCAUGGUGAUAGUUUCUUUAGAUUGUUUUCCUCCUGUCAACACCUGGAAACAAUCCUCCUAGGCUAUGUUAAAGGUUUCACUGAAUGUGAUCUAAAAGCACUGACAUUAUGUAAAAAUUUAAAACAAUUAUUUUUGAUGGGCACACCCAUACCAGCUGAGAUAUGUCACACAAUUUUCGUGAAUUGUUCUAAAUUGGAAUUGAUUGAUCUCAGCUUUUGUAAAAUUGCAAAUUGGUUGCUUCUGCAGUGGCAACAAAAAUACAUACACAUAACCAUUAAAGCAUAUGACGUUCUCGAUUAAUCGACUCGACCCGACCCCAGGUCAGGUCGGCACCGAUAACAAGUUCGAUUUGAGAUUCGAAAGUGUCAUGGCAAAAAGAAUUUUCUUCUUAUCUCUAUCUAAAAUUGUUCAUGAGGUUUAUCUUAUUAAAUAAAUUGUGUGAGUUAAUAAAUAUAUUACACAAUAAGUAUAUUAGGUAAGAAAUUUGUGCUGUACAACCGGUCGUAAAAAGGUUGCAACACUUUUUUGAUAGGUUUCGGAAUGACUCGUCAAGCGAUUGAUUCUUAUUUGUAGAUCCAUGAAUAAGAACCAAUCAUUCGAUGAGCAAACUGCAUUCCGAAACCCAUCGAAAAAAAGGUGUUGCAAUUUUUUUGACCGAUUGUAUAUAAUCAUAGUUAAUUAUGAAAACACGAAUAUGUAUAAAAUGUUAAUAUAUCAUUGAAUGAUAUAUAAAUUUUAAU